GCAAAUGAAGCAUCGUCGUGGCGGUGACUUGUCCGGCGGUCAGCAGCAGCAAUUGGCAAUCGGCCGCGCCCUGGCCAGUCGCCCACGCCUGUUGAUCCUCGAUGAACCCACCGAGGGCAUCCAGCCGUCGGUGAUCAAGGAGAUCGGCGCGGUGAUCAAAAAACUCGCGGCCCGGGGCGAUAUGGCGAUCCUGCUGGUGGAGCAGUUCUACGACUUUGCCGCCGAGCUGGCCGACCAGUACCUGGUGAUGUCACGUGGGGAAAUCGUCCAGCAAGGCCGUGGUGAAAAUAUGGAAAGCGAAG